AGUCCUGACUCUCCACUCCGAGCCUACUCAACUACCAUGUUGACACUAUUUUCUUCUAAAUACCCACUCUUAUUAUUUUGAGAGAUGUUCACACUAUUUUUGCAAAUUUGUUCAGUUUUGGGGGAUUUUUAAGGAUUAAUUGCGUCCUGGAGCGCCUCUCCGACCGUUUUAAACCACACCGGCACAUUUUAAGCAUCUUUGAUUAGGAAUAACCAUAAAUGCGUCUGUUUUCAUGGUAAGCGUGCAGUCUUGGUUCUCCAGAACAAGCAGGGGUAUGGAGGCCAACGUCGUCCCUUCACCACAGAGGAUGAAGUCUGGAAGUCUUUUCUGGAGAACCCACUGACAGCCGCCACCAAGGCCAUGAUGAGCAUAAACGGAGACGAGGACAGCGCCGCAGCUCUCGGCUUCCUCUAUGACUACUAUGAGGUGCCCAGGGAGAAGAGAACAAUACAACCCAAGACAGAGUCGUUGGUCUCUGAUGUGGAUCCAAGCAAAAGGCACCAGAUCCAGGCCCGACACCCCAUGGUUCCUUUGCAGGACGGUGUCAUGGAGAACAGGAUCCAGGUCCUCAAAGCACCAGUCAACAUUCUCCAGCUUGCCCAGGACAAGAGGGCUCACUUCCCUUCACCAGACACGACCGUCACAGUCUCCAUCGCCACAGCACCAAACUACACACCUGUGAAGACAGAGGUGCCCACACACGGCUUCUCCGUCACUGUGCCCAACAACUGCAGCGAAACCGAGAGUCAUGUUGGCGUCUUCGAGCGCCAUCUCGCCCAGAACGUGGUGCAGUGCAGCCCCAGCACCCAGUCCCGCACUCCCCCUGACUCCACCUUCACAGAGGGCUUCAAGGAUGGUUCCCAGGAGAUGUUUGCCUUCCCAGGAGAUAUCCAGUUACGCAUGGCCACCAUGACACCUGAAGAAUACCCUCCGUUUGACACAGUACCAGGGAGUAACUUUGAGUACUCACUUGAGGCAUCCAAAUCUCUGCGUCAGAAGACCGGUGACGGGACCAUGACGUACCUCAACAAGGGACAGUUUUACCCAAUCACACUCAGGGAGGUUGACAACAAGAGCAUUCAGCAACCCAUCACAAAAGUCAGGAGUGUAGUGAUGGUCGUGUUUGGGGAGGAGAAAUGCAGGGAUGAUCAGCUGAAACACUGGAAGUACUGGCACUCCAGGCAGCACACGGCUAAACAGAGAUGUCUCGACAUUGCCGACUACAAGGAGAGCUUUAAUACAAUCGGCAACAUUGAGGAGAUUUCCUACAACGCCAUUUCCUUCACAUGGGACACAAAUGAGGAGGCCAAAAUCUUCAUCUCUGUCAACUGUCUGAGCACUGACUUCUCCUCUCAGAAAGGGGUGAAGGGUCUUCCUCUGAACCUACAGAUUGACACAUACAGCUACAACAACCGCAGCAACAAGCCCAUCCACCGCGCCUACUGCCAGAUCAAAGUCUUCUGCGACAAAGGAGCCGAGAGGAAGAUUCGAGACGAGGAGAGGAAGCAGUCCCGUCGGAAAGGAAAGGUCCCAGACCUCAACCAGGGUCUGAAUUUUCCUGAUGUGAAAGUUCCCCUCCUUCAGAAAAGAAAUGAUGUGACCAUCUUCAAGACCAUGGGGGACCUUGAGACCCAACCUGUCCUGUUCAUUCCCGACAUCCACUUCUCCACCUUCCAGCGCCACACUUUCCCUGCAGAGGAGGGAGAAGAUGGUUCUGGCAUGAGGAGAUUACCUUUUAGCGACGAUGAGUUUGGGUCACCGCCGAACAAGAUGGCACGAGUGGACGAGCCUAAGAAAGUCUUGCUUUACGUUCGUAAGGAAUCAGACGAGGUGUUCGAUGCCCUCAUGCUGAAGAAUCCCACGCUGCAGGGCCUGGUGGAAGCUAUUUCAGAGAAGUAUGAGCUGCCUCUGGAGAAGAUUGAAAAAGUCUACAAGAAGUGCAAGAAAGGGAUUUUGGUCAACAUGGAUGACAACAUCAUCAAGCACUACUCCAAUGAGGACACCUUUCAGAUCACCAUGGAGGAGCAUGGUGGCGUGUACAAGCUAACUCUGACAGAGAUCUGAUUCCGACACAGAGAUGGAAGAUGUCUGUAGCCGUCAGGUUUACACUCCUGGCUUUGCAGGGUAUAUGGACUUAAUCUGAAACAUUAAUAAAGUCCUUGUAUAAGAAAAAGUCCUCAAUUGGUACAUCAAAGCCGGAGCAUUUAAAGUAUGACAAUGAUGGUUUAAAAAACAUAAGUUAUACUCGUCAUUUGUUGAAAAAGUUUUAUGUGCAUAAAAAAUAUAACAAUAAAGUAUAUAUGUGCAUUUGUAUCUUAUGAGAAGAUGAGCUGCAGCUUGCAUAUGAGUGCCUAAUUUUAUUCGCAGAACAGUUUUGAAGCUGCUAUACCUCAAGCUAUGCAAGCAGCAUCAAGUUUUUUUAUUAAGAGCUUUUAAAUUUGAUUAUAAAAAAUAUAAACAUAUUUCCUUUCCCUCCUUAAAGUCAUAGCACUGAUGACUGCAACCUGCAAAGUUGAAAACAUCACAUAUAAGAAUGUGUAUUAUUACUAAACAGUAUGGCAGUAUUUCUAAUGUCAUCAGUUCUUAGAUUGCUGGAAAUGUAUUUUUUUAGGGUAGGAUAAUGUUUUCAAAGACGUUUUCAUUAGAUUAGUUUAAAUAAGAGGAUUUUUGUUAAGUAUUACAUAGUUUGUAUUGAUAAAAAUGCAGAAAGUCCGUCUUCCUAUAUGUUUUGAAGUCUAGAAGUCGGUUGAUAUCUGGUAUCGCUCUAGCAUUCUUUACGGGCUUUCCUAACAGUGCAAUAAAAAUCAGGCUCAGGCAAAUUCAUAUAAGAAUAAUCCUCUAUUGCCAUAAGAUACAUACUGAAAUUUGUCUUUUUUUAAUGGAAAUAUUGUAAAUAAUGUUUGGAAAAGGAUUUGUUUAACCUCUUUUUUAUAUCUCAGUACUUAUUGUGUAUAUAUUUAUUAAGAAAAAGGGUGUGGGUUCUUCAUAUAUAACUGAUUUUUCUAAAGCUUCUUUAAUUAUUGAUGAACUUUUUGUAUGACUUUACACCAGUACUCCAUGUCAGGGUGUGACAGCGUCAAAUAAAAGCUCAGCACUGGC